AUGGGUAAUAAUUGUACUGGUUAGUGUGCAGGAUGUUAUAAAAGAGACAUAGAAAUAUUGAAAAGCGAGCAACAUUAAAUUCAAUCUGAAAAACCUCAGGAAUCAUAAAGCAGAAAAAGUUCAAAAAAUUUUGUAGAAGAUGCUAUCCCAUUAAGCAGUAAAAGUGAAAUCAAUACGAAACCCAUUACAAAAAGUGUUGUAGAUAUUGUUGGAGACAAAUCAAAGAAAACAAGGGCUGUUAUUAAAAUUUAAUCUUGUUGGAAGGGUUAUUCGGUGAGAAAAAAGCUUCCGAUUAUGAACCAUAUCAAAACCAGCUUUGAAACUGAAGGAAGCAAAUCAGUUGGCAGUUACUUUGGAAGAUUGAACAACGAAUCAAAAUUAAAAAAAUUAGCAAAGACCUACAAUGGCUAAUGGUUGGGAAAAGAAAGGCAUGGCAAAGGAGUUCAAGUGUGGCCAGACGGAGCCCAAUAUGAUGGUGAAUGGGAACAUAACAAAGCUCAUGGCAAAGGAUUAUUUCGUCAUGCUGACAAAAUUGAAUAUGAAGGAGAGUGGAAGUGGAGCAAAGCAUGUGGUUUCGGAGUGAUGAGGUCUCCAAGCGGAGCCUAUUACGAAGGCGAAUGGGAAAAUGAUCUCCAACAUGGAUAUGGAAAAGAGAAGUGGGCUGAUGGUUCCUACUAUGAAGGCCAAUAUUAUAAAGGCUUGAAGCAUGGAAAAGGGAAAUAUAUCUGGAAGGAUAAUAGUUAUUAUGAAGGGGAGUGGCAAAAUAAUAAAAUUCAUGGAAUGGGAGCUUAUCAUUGGAUUGAUGGGAGAGGCUACAUAGGACAAUGGAAAGAUGGAAUGAUGAAUGGACAUGGAGAAUAUAGUUGGAGUGACGGUAGAAAGUAUAAUGGCGAAUAUCUAAAUGAUUAGAAGGAUGGAUAUGGGGUGUAUAAAUGGGUUGAUGGCAAAGAAUUUAGAGGAUAAUGGUAGAAGGGAGUUUAGCAUGGAGAAGGGGUUUAUGUGACAGUGGAUGGUAGAACUAAAAGAGGAUUGUGGCAUGAAGGUAAGUUAGUUUAAUGGUUGAAAUGAUUGAUUACUAAAAAAUUAAUUUUAUAAUUUAAC